AUUUUUCUUUUAUUUUUUUUCUAUGUAUACUUUUUUGGGGUUCCGACUUGAUUUUACUACCUUUAUUUAUGCUUAUUACUGGGCCAUAGUAGCAAAAAGAGUUGGAAUUGUGCCACGAUACGGGCUUAUAAGGCCCAUUACUUCGCUGUAUACAAAAUCGGGAACGUCACAACUCGUGCAGGAUCACUUCAAUUUUUUUGUUCUUCUUCUCAGUGUUGCUCCCGGAAAUUGGUGAGCAAAAAACCCUAGCUCCGAUCGAACGUUGUAGAAUCCGAUGGAACCCGACGAGGAAUUGGGGCAAAUAACCGACGAGAUCUACGCCAACGGCGAUGAAAACAAGCAGCGUCAUCGUCCGAUUAUCAGCGGCGAACAGCUGGAUAUUGAGGCGUACGCUGCCUUAUACAGUGGCCGGACAAAAAUCACGAGGCUUCUGUUUAUUGCUGAUCGAUGUGGCAAUAGUUCAAUGCAAUUGGAAGCUUUGAGAAUGGCGUAUGAUGAGAUUAAGAAAGGGGAGAAUACGCAGUUGUUCCGUGAGGUUGUGCAGAAAAUUGAUGGAUGUUUAAGUGGUAAUUAUGGGCCGGAUCCUGCUUGGGCUGAUGCCGUCGAUCGACGGGCUGAGAUGAGGAAGGAGAAGCUUGAGAACGAACUCAAUGCUUAUAGGACAAAUCUGAUCAAAGAGAGCAUUAGGAUGGGAUACAAUGAUUUUGGAGAUUACUACUAUGCACAUGGACAGCUUGGAGAGGCAUUUAAGAAUUAUGUUCGUACACGUGAUUAUUGCACAACUGCAAAACACAUAAUUCAUAUGUGUUUGAAUGCGAUUCUGGUCAGCAUUGAGAUGGGCCAGUUCACACAUGUGACAAGCUAUGUUAGUAAAGCGGAGCAGAGCCAAGAUGCUCUAGAUGCUGUUACAGUUGCAAAACUUCGUUGCGCUGCUGGGGUGGCUAACUUGGAGGCAAAGAAGUAUAAGCUUGCUGCUCGGAAGUUCCUGGAAGUUGGUCCAGAAUUAGGUAACAACUACACUGAAGUUAUUGCACCCCAAGAUGUUGCUACUUAUGGUGGACUCUGUGCACUUGCAAGUUUUGACCGAGGAGAACUGAAGAGCAAAGUUAUUGACAAUAUAAAUUUCAGAAAUUUCUUAGAGCUGGUACCUGAGAUAAGGGAGCUCAUUCAUGAUUUCUACACAAGUCACUAUGCUUCUUGUCUGGAGUAUCUAGGGAAUCUUAAAGCAAAUCUAAUGCUUGACAUCCAUUUGCAUGACCAUGUCGAGACGCUGUAUGAUCAAAUCCGUAGCAAAGCUUUGAUACAGUAUACCCAUCCUUUUGUCUCGGUUGAUUUGAAUAUGAUGGCUAAUGCUUUCAAGACGAGUGUUGCCGGGUUGGAGAAGGAACUUGAAGCUUUGAUCACUGACAACCAAAUACAGGCUCGAAUAGACUCUCACAACAAAAUUUUGUAUGCACGGCAUGCCGAUCAGAGAAAUGCAACCUUCCAGAAGGUGUUGCAGACAGGCAAGGAAUUCGAUCGGGAUGUGAGAUCAAUGCUUUUGAGAGCAAACCUUCUCAAGCAUGAGUACAUCCUUAAAACAUCAAGGAAACAUUGAAACGAAUGAGGAGGAUGGUAGCAGUUUUGUUUUCCUUGAUUGUGAGGUUAGGUAUGCUGCAUGAAGUUGACCAGACACCAUUGUCUACGGAGGUUGGUUGAGUCUUGGAAAGCCAAAUCUUUUGGGAGCGCGAGAAGUUUAUCUGGAUAAUAGAGAACUGCUGUUCAUACUUAUAGAUUUACAUGUUGGUGGAAAAGUAUAUAUUUUUGCCUGAUCUAUAUCCAACAACCUUUCUUGGUGAUGUGUCAUCAACGAAUGCUAAUCCAGUUACUACGUUUUUUUAUUCCCUUUAAAAGUUAAGUUAAACGAUUCUGUGUUGACAUAUUCAUCAAUGGUCAUUAGUCUUUGAGUUUAA